CUGCAUUCAGUGCGACGUUUCAGUAAAAAAAAAAAAAAAAAAUGGCGACGGUGCAUCUGCGGAUCGGGGACCUGGUUUGGGGGAAACUCGGGCGGUAUCCACCGUGGCCGGGGAAGAUCGUCAGUCCUCCAAAGGACUUGAAGAAGCCAAGAGGCAAAAAAUGCUUCUUUGUAAAAUUCUUCGGCACUGAAGACCAUGCCUGGAUAAAGGUUGAACAGCUGAAGCCGUAUCACCCCCACAAGGAUGAGAUGAUCAAGAUCAACAAGGGCAAGCGCUUCCAGCAGGCUGUUGAUGCUGUCGAGGAGUACCUGAAGAAGGCCAAGGGAAAAGAGCAGGCACAUGGGUCAGACGACAAAAACAAAUCCGAGAAGGGACGGAAAGCCGCCACGAAACCGAUGAAGAUUAUCGAAGAAGAUGACGAAGAUGCGUUUAAGGGCGGCUCCUCGGACAAGGAGCAAACUGACUCUGACCCAGAACCGUCCUCUGUGCAGCGGCUGGUGGCUGGAACAGUUGCAGGAUUCAAAUGGGAGAUCAGUCCGGUAAAGGAUGACCCACAUUUCCAUCACUUUCUGCUCAGCCAGUCUGAGAAGCCAGCUUCUUCGAUGGAGCCAAUAAGCAAAAGGUUGAAGAUUAUUGAAGAGGACACCGGCUCGACGUCCAUUCAGGCUGCAGAUAGCACAGCUCUCAACGGCAGCAUCACACCCACAGACAAAAGGAUAGGCUUCCUCGGACUCGGAUUGAUGGGCAGUGGAAUCGUCUCGAACCUGCUGAAGAUGGGCCACGUUGUGACCGUGUGGAAUCGCACGGCAGAAAAAUGUGACUUGUUCAUCCAGGAAGGUGCCAGGUUAGGACGAACGCCAGCCGAGGUCGUGUCCAUGUGUGACAUCACUUUCUCCUGCGUCUCAGACCCCAAAGCUGCCAGAGAUCUGGUUUUGGGUCCCAGCGGUGUGUUACAGGGAAUCAGACCUGGAAAGUGUUACGUGGAGAUGUCCACUGUGGAUCCCGAGACCAUUACAGAGCUCUCUCAGGUGAUCACGUCCAGAGGAGGCCGGUUCCUGGAAGCUCCGGUUUCAGGCAGCCAGCAGCUUUCCAACGACGGCAUGUUGGUCAUCGUCGCAGCAGGAGAUCGGACCGUUUACGAAGACUGCAGCAGCUGCUUCCAGGCUAUGGGCAAAACCUCGUUCUUUUUAGGAGAAGCAGGUAACGCGGCGAGGAUGAUGCUGAUCCUCAACAUGGUGCAAGGCAGUUUCAUGGCCACCAUCGCUGAGGGGCUGACCCUCGCUCAGGCCACUGGCCAAUCACAGCAGACCUUCCUGGAUAUUCUGUGUCAGGGGCAGAUGGCCAGCACGUUCGUGGACCAGAAGUGCCAAAAUAUUUUGCAGGGCAACUUCAAACCAGAUUAUUACCUAAAACACAUUCAGAAAGAUUUAAGAUUAGCCAUUUCAAUGGGAGACUCUGUUAAUCAUCCUACACCGAUGGCAGCCACUGCGAACGAGGUGUAUAAGAGAGCGAAGGCGCUGGACCAGUCGGACAACGACAUGUCUGCAGUAUACAGAGCUUAUAUUCACUAAUCCCUGAAGAUGUGCUCGAAAUUCUGGACCACAACAAUCCUGUUUUUUUUUUUUUUCCCCUCCUUCAGUUUGUGUUUUUUUUUUUUUUCUCUCCCUCCCCCUCCUCCCGCUCUCAUCCUCUGAGUGUUGCACUGACGGAGUUGUGCUCUCCUCUGUAGGAGGGGAUUUUAUGAUGGAGCUUGGAGGUGCGUGUGGAUCCGAUUCGAUCCACUGUAGCUGUUUUUUCUGGUUGCACCGAUUUUCUUCCAAUAACAAAACAAACCUCAGGUCUGAGUGUCAUCCAGUGCUGACGCUUCCUUCAUUUAAGAAUCGUAAAAGCUCUUUACAUGGUCUGAUAAGUACAAUUUUUUUUUUCCCUCAUCCCAUUUCAAAAAUCUGUUUUUAAAUCAUCUCGCUAAACCACAUCGAGACGGCGGUGAAGAAAAAUUAAGAGACUGAGAUGGACUUGCAGCAUUAGAGGAAAUCUCCUCAGUCCUUUUAUCUAAGAUUGAAAUAACGAUUAUGUAACUCGUGCUGCGCUCAAAUAAAAGCUGUAAUUUUGGACCUUUUGACUAGGAAGCAAAAGAAAGCGCCCCCCCCAAAAAAAUGGCUGCCCUCGCAGUUAACAGUAAAACACUAGUAUUUCUUUACAUUUUACUGUAUUAUUGGAUAUAUAUACACACACAAGUAUUUACUUUUGAAGAGGAAAAGGUCCAUCCCUCACGCGCAUCAGUUAUCUCGCUAGCUUCUGAACAAACAUGGAGGCGUCUAUAUUGGUUUCCUCCUUUCUAGCUGUGUGUACAUAGUAUUUUAAGUUGUUUAAAGGUAAAGAAGUGUUGUGUUUACUCUUAAUGCCCCGAGCGGCCAUUUUAAUUUGACAUCAUGAGCUGUAGUUGACUGCAGAAACCAUUAUCGAUAUCGAUUUGUAGUGUUUAGGAUCGGAUCGGUGCGUCCUUCAUUUUAUUUCCUCCCUCGUACUUUUUUUUCCUUCUUCCCCUCUGUGUAAUAGUCCAGAAUCGCGCAGGCUACAGGAGCAUGAAGACGCCACCACUGCAUUGCCUUAAUAAUCUCCUAACCCCACACCUAGAUGUAUUUAUUUAUUUUAAAUCUUUGGAGAAGCUUCAAACUAAAGUUUUGGCCACGCAGUGAGGUUUAGUUCGCUUAUUCAAGACAGAAAAUGUGACUUUUUUUUUUUUUAAUAAAUCCUUUUGAGACUUGUAUUAAUCUCGUGUUUAAUAUCAGAAUGACUUCUUUCACAGCUGAUUUUUUUUUUUUCUCCCCUUCCAUGUUUUUACACUUUGCAGAUGUGUAAGCUAAACUGAGGAUAGAUAUGAAGAAAAUGUUUAGUUUUAGUUGUUGGAAAAGCAAAGACUUUUGGGGUUGGAUCUCCACCGAGGAGGUUUUGUUCUAUACUUGAUCAGGUCACUAAUCGAUUUUGAUUUUGUCAGACACACUGGUCAUGUGAUUUGAAUUUGGUGGAGAUUAAGCAUGUGUUCAUGGCUGUCUUUUUGUAACCUUUUAUCCAUAAGUUAUAAUUUGUUGGUUUGUUUUUUUUGGUUGUUGGUUUUAAAGACCGUGAGUGUGAUGUCUGACCCUGAGAACUGAGAGGUACAGUAUUGUUUUAACGCAAACAUUGGAUUAUUAUUCAGAGUGUUACGAGUUUAGUGCUCAGUCAGGUUUCUCAUCACAAUCUAACCUGGAACAGAUUUAAUCCGUGACUUAACUCGAUCAGCUCUUUUUGUUUGCUUUUGUGUUUAACAGACUUGUUUCCUGUAAAUGCUCGAUUUGUGAGUUUGACAGUCUUUCUAAUGGUGUAAAAAAAAAAAAAAGCAAGCUGAUUGGAGAAAUAUUUAUAAUUUCUUGUAAAUGUGAAUGUCAUGUUUGAUUGUCCAGUUCACUGAACCCUUCCCCCAAUAAACCAACCACGAUCCUGUUUAA